AAUUUGUCGUUACAAAAAUAGUAUUGGAACAUUUGACAGAUAGUGAUAAACGAAAAUAGAAAUAAUUCUCUCGAAUUUUCUUUCAUAUUUAGGUUUGUAAAGAUUAUAAGAUAAAAAAUACAAAUCAGACAUGUACAGUUUUGAGGGAGAUUUCAGGAGGAAACCACAGCAGUCCUUGAGAGGGGCUAGCAAAAAGGCAAAUAAAAGCACACUCCUGAAGAAUGCCCAACAGCAGCGAGAAAAGAGAGAAGAGCAACGUCUGAAACUUGAGAAUGCCAUUAAAAUCCAGAGUUUCUAUCGAGGUUAUAGGGUCAGGAAAAAACAGAGAGAAGGGUUACGUCAGGAGUUUGAUGUUCAGCAGAAUUCUCUCCAGAAAGUGGCACCAACAGUGGAGGCUCUUUACACAUUGGUGUUGAAAAUUAGUCAUUUCUAUUCUGACAAGGAAGAUGGCCCAAGAUUGGUAUGGUUAAGUCAACAACUAGUAAAAUAUAAAGACCCCUAUCUAAAGUUGUUAUCUGGAGACUCCAAGGGUCCACAACAGGUGAAGAUGCUACUUCUACUGUGCUUAAGAUAUUUAUGGAGUAUAGCAGAAAGUGGACAGCCUAUAGCUAUACCAAUGAGAAUGCUGGAGGUAUUCACUUCACAGGCUGUAUAUAAUAACAAGGAUAUUCUUAAGCUUGUAUGGAAAUGUCUUAUUGAUUCUGGUUAUUUUGAGUGCAUGCGGUUGUUAUUAAACAACAAGGUACCAUCCAGCCUGGAGAGAAGUCAUGUUCCACCAACCCCAGUAGCUGCCAGUAUAUAUGAACUAGUUAUGAACCCUAUAAGUUAUGCUGCAACCUGUAAAGAUACUCAAUUUAGUAAGCUUGUUUUAACAUCAGUGUGUCGAUCGUUACUGUGUCCUGCAUACACAGAACAGAUUUCACAGUUUCUUCUACCUGCCAUGGCAUAUGGGAAAUAUCCAUUCCCCUUUGUAGACCUCAUACAGACCCUGAUAAGUCAGUGUAGAGAGGAGGAGGUAGGAGAAGGGAAGAAUAAAGGGUAUGGUAGAACAAGUUACAAGAAAAAAUUGAAGACAGACAUGACACCGUGGUUACUAAGGGCAUUCCUUAUGUUAGGGGAAAAGUUUGUUGAAACAAUGUCAGCAGAAUCAUUCAGUAUGUAUAUCCAGGUAUUACAGAGGUUGCUACCAACGUUACCAGCUUCACGGAACUUAGAUGAUGAUGAUUCUGACUCAGAAGAAGAUAUGGAUUAUGCUGCCAAUGGUGCAGAUGAAGACAGACUGGAGGAGGUGAGAGAAGAAUGUUUAGGUGUGAUAGAUUCACAGGCACAUGUUCACAAGAUGGUUGCUUUAGUUAGUGGGGAACCAGACACCCAUGUUAUGUUUGCUGUAUCAGUCAUAUGUCAUUGUCUGAUGAGUCAACAUCGAUUCUCUAUACAUAAACGAAGGUUAUUAUACAGUUUGGCUUACAAUCCGAAGUUUGUGCGUAGUUUAUGGCAUUGUUGUGUCUCUGUAUCAACUAUAACAGCAACCAGAACAGAGACGGCAUUAAUCAUGAUGUUGAGUCGAGGAUUGACUAUGUCUGAUAGAGAUAUAGGCAGGAUAGUUCCUUUACUUGCCACAUUCUGUUCUAUGUUUAGUCACUCACUACAUACACUUCAUGAUGCUGACUUUUACGAGGAUACUACAGGAAGCAUGCCAUUCAAUCUAUUAGAGAUUAUACAAAUGGUGAUAGCUUUGAGAGAUGUUUGUCUGGGUAUAAUAGAGUUGGCACAUCCUGACGCAAAACCUACAGUCAACGAGGACUACAGGCAGGCACUGAGCAGGGUCGGUGUUAAAACCAGGAAUAAUAAUGUUAAAGAGUUGAAUCAGCAGACAUUACAGUGGGGAUACUUAUUUAAGGUGACAGCAAGUUUAGUGAGGCAGAUUUAUACACGUGAUGCACGGAGAUCAUUUUGUCCUAAAGAUCUGUGGUUAUCAGAUAGAGUCAAGAUACAAGCCGACGGACCGUCACAGAUUUGUCAGUCUAAUAUGUCUAUGUUUACACAACGACCAUUCAGAACGAUGCAGUCACUCUCUAAAUACCAAGAAGAUGAGGGACUGCCACCUUUGUCUAACAGGGACGUCAAAAACCUUGUUAUCCUUACAGAACUACCAUUUGUAGUUUCAUUUCAUGAGAGGGUCAAGAUAUUACAGAAGUUGAUAGGUAAAGACAAGGAAGAGAAUCAAGGUGGACAGCAUCAGUUCUUGUCUGGACCAAGUAUUAAUGUAAUGAUAAGAAGAAACUACAUCUAUGAGGAUGCUUUUGAGAAAUUGUCUCCUGAUAAUGAAGCAAACCUGAAGUUAAAGAUGCGGGUACAGUUAGUCAAUGCAGCAGGUUUAGAUGAGGCUGGUAUAGAUGGAGGUGGAAUUUUUCGAGAGUUUCUUAAUGUUUUACUUAAGACAGGAUUUGACCCUAACAGGGGAUUCUUUAGUCAAACCACUGACCGUCUACUAUAUCCAAACCCACAAGCAGCUGUUCUUACCAAUGAUUACAUGGAUCACUAUUAUUUCCUAGGAAGGAUGCUCGGAAAAGCUAUAUAUGAGAACAUGUUGGUAGAAUUACCAUUUGCUUCAUUCUUCCUGUCAAAGAUUUUGAGUCGUCAUAGCGGUUACCUUGACAUUCAUCACCUUGCUUCACUAGACCCAGAAAUGUACAAAAAUCUUCUCUUCCUUAAACAAUAUGAUGGAGAUAUCAAAGAUCUAGGGUUGGAUUUUACAACUGUGAAUAAUGACUUUGGUGAAACAAAGGUUGUAGAAUUAAAGAGAGAUGGACAUAAUAUUCCAGUGACUGCCCAGAACAGAAUAGAAUACAUUCAUCUGAUGGCAGAUUAUAAACUAAACCAGCAGAUCAAGAGGCAUUGUACAGCAUUCCGUGAGGGUUUGUCAGAUUUAAUAAACCUAGAAUGGUUGAGAAUGUUUGACCAGCAAGAGUUACAGGUCCUUAUAUCUGGAGCAGCUGUCCCUAUAGACAUUGAGGAUCUGAAACAGUAUACAAAUUAUUCAGGAGGUUAUGAUGCUGAUCAUCCAGUGAUUAAGAUGUUCUGGCAAGUUGUAGAGGAGUUAACAGAUGAACAAAAGAGACAACUUCUCAAGUUUAUAACAAGUUGUUCUAGACCACCACUUUUAGGCUUUAAGGAUUUGUACCCAGCUCUGUGUGUUCACUAUGGUGGUAAUGAGCCAGACCGGUUACCAACAGCAAGUACAUGUAUGAACCUUCUGAAACUACCUGAAUGUAAAGAUUAUGCCACACUGAAACACAAACUCUUGUAUGCCAUAGAAUCAGGUGCUGGCUUUGAACUGAGUUGAUCUAGAGUGACAGAAUUUAUUCCAGGUUUAUUGAUAUGUGAUACAGACUUGUCUGGUUUGUCAGAAGUUGUAAAAGUCCCGAAUGUAUUUUAAACAUGUUUGGAAACAAGAGUAAUGGCAGCUUAAGAAAUGGUAAUAGAUUCUGAAAAAAAGUUAGUGUAGGAAAUCUUGGAGUUGCCAUGCUACCAUAUUGUGUGAUUUACAAACAACUUGGUUAUGAUUGGCUGCUAGACCAUUCUUCAUUGCUUAAAUUACAUAAUAUUUAUUAUUAAUUUGUAAAAAACAUGCAUUUGAUAAUAAUAUUUUCUACUGAACUGAUGAAAUUGAAUGUUCAAUUUUCCUUUGAGUUUUAAUAGGGAGUACAACCAUUUGCAUACACUAAAUAGAAGUUAAAACCUACAUGAUUGUAUAUGUCUAGUUUGGUCAGAAAAGUGUAAGAUAUAUAACUAUGAAUUUAAUAUUUUUUAUAACCUUUUGUUAAGCAAUAAGCAAUGUAUAGACUAUAUAAUAUGAUGUUAAGUCACAUUAGAGGGUAUAAAGCUGUACUAGGUUGUUUGUCAUCAGCAGAGAAUAAUUGUUAGGAUAUAUGAAUCAUAUUAUUGAAUAAUUGUUAGGUUAUAUGAAUCAUAUUAUAGAAUAAUUGUUAGGUUAUAUGAAUCAUAUUAUAGAAUAAUUGUUAGGUUAUAUGAAUCAUAUUAUAGAAUAAUUGUUAGGUUAUAUGAAUCAUAUUAUAGAAUAAUUGUUAGGUUAUAUGAAUCAUAUUGUAGAAUAAUUUUUGGGUUAUAUGAAUCAUAUUAUAGAAUAAUUGUUAGGUUAUAUGAAUCAUAUGAUCCCUUAACCUGUUGAAUUUCUAAAAUACAUGUAUAUUUGAAUAUUUGUCCAGUUAUCAUAUUUGGAAGUGUGUCAAAUACCAAUCUCGGGGAUCUCUAAUUAAAUUAGAAAUUAAAAGGAACAGUCAAUAAUUAAGAUAACCUGGCCAGACUUGACUGAUGGUAGCAAAAGUUAAUUACUUCCAGCAGGGUAUGGUUUUAAAUAUACCAUGAUUGAAAGGAUUAUGUUUAUGAAUUUCUAGGAAAGCAAUCAAUCGGUGUAUUGAAUCGUUACUUAUUAUAAUUUAAAAUUGUAAAUGAAUAUUUUAGAGGGAAACAUUUUAUAUGAAUUAGGGAUGAUAUAUAUUGGGUAUGUAUGUGUGAUGUAACAGAAUGAUGUGCAUGACAGUGAUUUCAUUAUUUAAAGUGUUAUUAUAUUGGUGGAUGAGGGAUUAAGUUACAAUGACACAGAGACUUUCCAGGUGAAGGAGUUUGUGCAUUGUUCCAAGCACAAGUAGACACCUGAGUAGAACCUCAGGGGCUCAUAUAGGUAGCUGGAUAGCUUCCUCAAAUAAUGUAAUCCAAAGUCGAUGACUGGGUUCAAACCUGUAGAAGUGAGAGGCAAGUGGUCCUUAAUCAGGGACUCUUUGCCAUGAAGCCCUCUGAUUGAAUAUCUAGAAGCAACCAAUAUGAAGUGAUAGUAUAAUAUUUUAAAUAUACAUGUACAAUGUACAUGUAUAUCAGUAUAUAUAUAUAUACAAAUGUAUAUACAUAUUACUCUGUGUCAGUUAUAGCUUUAUACCCUUUAUCAAUUUUAAUGACAGUCAAUUGAUAGUCUAUAAAUACAUUAUUGGAUCUUGGUUGUGUAAAUUAAACAAACAGAAAUGUAUAAAAAAUAUAUCAUAAUAAUGUUGAUAUUUUACAAUGUGUGUGUGUGUGUGUCAGGAUUAAGUAUAAUGUUAUCCCUUUUCAGCUCACCUGUCACAAAGUGACAAGGUGAGCUUUUGUGAUUGCAAUUCAUCCAGCGUCUGUCAGUCUUUAAACAACAUCCUCAUAAACCGCAUAGCCAAUUUCAUUCAGACUUUACUUUCAAUAUACAAGUUUUACUAAUAUUGUUUACCCGUGCCCAUAUAUGAUUCAGUAAUGAUGUUUCUUGUUUGCUUUGGUUUCAUAAAGAUUUCCUGAUAUACAGAAAGCCACUAGUGUCAUAGUGUCAGAGUUCGUACUUUGCUCUGAGACUAUGACAGUAUGAUUAACAAAAGAAAAGCAAGAUGACAUUAUUAACUUUUUAUGAUUUUUUUUUUCGCAAAAAGAGGAUAACUAUAUGUGAGUUUGCAAAAUAAAUAGAAAAACCAACAGCCCGCAUCACCAGGAGUUUGUUACGCCACUUUAUACAUGUAUAUCAGACCAUUAGAAAAGGUUAAAGAAAAACAACUCAAAAUUGAUUAUGGGAAUUUCAACUUGUUUAUGUCUAUUCCAAAUAUCAUAGUUGAUACCAUUCAAUGGUGACUUGAAAAUACUCUGAAAUGUUUAAACACAAUAACAAUAACACCUCCAACAGUAAAUAUCUACAGACACGUCACUUAAAAUGUAUGGAGCUCAUGAUAAAACUAAUAAUCUGAAUACCCAAGGAUACUGGUUUGUUGACAAACAAAAGAUGCAUAUAAAUGUUUUAGAACUGUAUGCAUGCAAAAUUGGACUAAGGCCAUUUGUAAAGAUAUCAUGAAGAUGCACAUCUGCCCUCAUGCUGAUAAUA